AUGGAUGAUUAUAAUGAUGGAUCUUGCCUCAUUGCCGGUUUUUGCUGUCUUCUUAAUCUCAGCUACCAACUUUUUUUCCUGUCAUGA